AGGAAGAAGAAGAAGGAAAAAAAAGGGGGGAAAGAAAUGAGGAGUAGGAAGAGGAGGGAAACAAACGACGCGUCGGGAGAACGCCAGUCGAUCACGGCACUCUGCACCGGCCAGACGUGUGCCACAGGCGGCCCCCUCCUCCUCAACCAGUGCACCUCUCCACCCCAUCAAAACCGAAUAUUUCAAAAAAAUAAAAAAAAUCCCGCGAUUGUUUUUUUUUUUCUCUCCCGUUUUGAAUAACACGAGACGAUAAAAAAACAACAACACGACCCUCCUAUGAGGGCUGUUGCCACCUCCCGUGACCGGUGAAUUUGACACAGUGUCGUGAUUUUUUUAUUUUUUAUUUUAUUCAGUGUCGUGAUAUUUUCGCACAAAACAAAAUCAUUUUUUGUUGUUGUUUGUUUGUUUUUCUUUACGCGACGAAAAUAUCCCCGAUGCCGAAAAUAAGAUGAUCGAAUUAGUAGCAGCAUCCAUUAUAAUCAAGCCGGACAGAUUGCUGUGGCGGUGCUGGGCGGUGACGGCGUCCAUCCUGUUGGUUCUUCCGCUGUCGGCCACCGCCGUCGGACUUGUCCACCCCGGGUGCGAGUGCGUGGAGUAUAGCAGCACGUUCGGCCAGCCGUUUGGCCAAUUUACCAGUCCAGAUUUCCCGAAACCCUACGACCCGGGCAUUGGCUGCGUCCUGUACACGUUCACGGCCCCGGUCCCACCUGCGCCGUCGUCGGUUGGCGGAACAAUCGCCUCAUCGUGGAUCGUCGAAUUGACCAUCACCAGUCUCAACUUACCCCAAACUGCCACGUGCGGAGAUGGUGAUCAUUUGUCGUUGUAUUUGCACCUGGACCGGGGCGAAGUCAACGAGCGGACGCCGUCCAACGGCCGAGUUUGUUCGAUGCCGGCCAAGCGAUCGGGCCGCUACGGCAACACUCCGCUGCGCUACUACAGCGCCAAAUCCACUUUGGUGCUGGCCUUCCACACUGGGAGCAGACGACCACCGAGCCAGCCGGGCGUAAUAGCGGCGCCAGCCGUCACGGCCAAUCAACAGCAGCAACAACAACACGGGAUUAUAACGUCGCCAACCGCCGACCACCAUGGCGACGGCUCGACUUUUUGGUCUUCCGCCGCCAACGGCAACACCAACAGCAGCAGCCUCGGACCCUACGGUUUCAAGGGCACUUACCGAUUCAUCCGCAAAAGUAAAUUCAGGUCGGAUGGGCAGAGAAUUGCCGGGAGUACUUGCGAUUAUCAAUUCAUCAGUAUCGGCGGAGGCGUGUCUGGCGGCAGUAGCGCCGUGAGCCGUCACAACAAUCAACAGCAGCAACAGCAGCAACAACCAGCCAACAAAUUCUAUUCGCCGUUGUAUCCGUCGCUGUACCCUGCCCGCUCCAGAUGUCUCUAUCAUUUCUACGGAAGGUACCAGGAGCGAGUCAAGAUUCACUUUGAGAAACUCAUCCUGGGCGACGAAGACGUCAGUUGCCUGUGGAGCGAAGAUGGCGUUAAAGUCUACGACGGCGGCGACGUCCAAUCGCCGGUGAUCGCUCACCUGUGCGGAGUGAUCCACCACGCCGAGAUCUGGUCGUCGUCGCCUUCGCUCCUGGUCGAGUUCUACUCGUCGAAUUCGUCGGAGCACACGUUCGAGGGGUUCGAGGCCCGUUACAAUUUCCUUCCGGCCGCCAGGGGCUCAGAUGAGGAGGACGACAUCAUCGACGACGACGACGAGGACAUGGAAGAGGAGGAAGACGAUUUGAUGGUCGAUCCGCCAGGUGUCACGGCACCGUCCACUUUGCCGGCCCUGAUCACAGCGACGCCUAUCGUCGUGUCGACAACUCCGUCCAGCACCACCACCAGACGGCGGACAAUUCCAACGACGUCCAGGACGAUAACUCUAAGCCGGCCGAUUAACACCACAACGACGCCAUCGAUCCGGAGGGCGGCUCAGACGGCGUCGACACGGCCGACAACAACAACUACAAGAACUCCAACAACAACACCAACAACAACACAACCGACGACGGCCAAAUCAACGACAAUUACCCCGUCGAAAACGACGAAAUCGCCGCCAAUUACGGGCGUGACGACGGACAGCAGCGACAACCAGUCCAAUCUCGGCUUGGAUACCAACUCAAGCUCUCCGUGUGAUCGUCUGUUCCGCAGCGACGUGGAGAAGAACGGCACGUUCACGUCGCCCGGCUACCCGGCCGCCUACUCGCCUUCCAUGAACUGCAAUUACGAGUUCCGCGGUCACGGGCGGGAGCGCGUCCAAAUCAUCUUCACCGAUUUCGUCCUUCAUCAUCCGCACGACGAUCCCAGCGAGAAACCUCAUCACCCGUGGCUACGACAAAGCUGCGACGGAGCGGACCGAGUGACGGCCUUCAUUUCAGUCGGCGGCAACAAAGAGAAGAUUGAUGAUUUCUGCGGCUCGGGUACGCCGCGUGAACUCAUGUCCAAUUCGGCCGUCAUGUCGCUGCAUUUCCACAGUACGGCCGUCUCCAGAGGAUCUCGAGGAUUCAAAGCCCGCUACUCUUUUGUUUCCAAUUUCGGAAUCACGACUGGCGAGCAAAUCUCAUCCAGUCCCUGCGCCUUCCGAUUCAACAGCACCACGUCGACCAACGGCACUUUUUGGAGCCCCAAUUUCCCGGGAUUCUACCCGCGCGACACCGAGUGUCACUACUUCUUCCACGCCCAGGUCGGCGAGCGGGUGAAAAUCGUCUUCUCCUAUUUCGACAUUGAAGGAAUGGUCCCAUGCGGACUGACUUCGGCCAGCGAUUUCGUCGAGGUGUCCAAUUUCAUGACGGUCGAUCGGAAAUUGCCCCGCUACUGCGGAUUGCAAAAGGACCUCAAAAUGGAGUCGGACGGAGCCUUUUUCCGCGUGACGUUCAAGUCGAACGACCGAUUCGACGGCACUGGAUUCUACGCCAGUUAUCAGUUCACUCCGGUGGCCGACGCCGUCACCAUUACUCGGCGUCGUAGCUCAUCGCCGGCUUCCAGUUCACCAUAUCCAGCUGGAUGUAUCCUGUUGUUCUAUCUGCUCGCAUACCUGAUCUCGUAGACACAUUUCUUCUCCGCUGAUGGAUGGAAGCCGAUCUGACGUCAUCGCAACAAUAUCAACAACGUUCCUGGCGAACGGAUUGAAAUUUCGAAAUUUAGGCAAAUGAGCGAUUAGCAACGGUUGUGGGAAAGUGCUAGGCGGCGUACGCUGUGAGAAAGGAAAUGUACAAGAGAUAUAGAACACUAUUAUUAAUUUAUUCAUUCAUUAUUAUACAUCCAGAUUCACUGGUUCCCAUAAAAUGUGUGUGUGUGAGAGAGAGUGUGUGCGGUGUGUGUUUGGCCAGUGGGACUAUGCGCCAAUACCUCCUCCUUCUGGUCAUUUAUAUAUACAUAUUUUAAAAAUUUUAUAGCUGAUUUGAAUCAUCACCAACCACUCACCCUCCCCUCCCAUUCUUGAUAUUUUUUCCAAUCUAAAACAAAGAAAAUCGACGGAGAUUCAGCCCGUUUAUUUUUUAGCUCUCGUUGUUUAAAAAAAAAAGAAAUCACCCGUGUGGAUGAAAACCCAUUCAAUUCGUUAUUAUUUAUUUGGAUAUUUAUUAUUUAUUCGAUUAUCUCUCUCUCUAGUGUGAUGUGUGGAUUUGCUCAAAUGAAAGGGCUGUCAUCUCGUUAAAAUGAAAUAAAUCAUGUUCAUCAAUCUUAA